CCUCCCCCGAAGGCGGCGCCUCCAGCGCCUCCCCUGGCGCGCUUCGAGCGCAAGGGGGCAAGAACGUAUGUGCUAUGCGAUUGUUCUGCUCUUCAGCCUGUGGGGUCCUGGUCGCGGCACAGCCGUGCAGGCCCCCUUCCCGAGAAAUCUCGCGGGGCGGAGGGGGAGGCUCUGGGGCCCGAGCCUCCCACCUGCGCCCGCUCGCCAGACCCCACGGCAAGAGCGGGGAGGCCGUGCGGUCCCCGGCUGGUGCGGUUCCGCCUUUCGGCGUUCUCGUGACGCAGUGAGUCCGUGCAGGACUAGCGCGCUGCAUGCCAUGGAGCUGUUGUGACAAGACAGCGUGGUACAACUACAACUGCGCCGAGAGGUUCGCAGACCCACCACAAUCCAAAUGCCAAACCUGCGCUGGGAACCGUUCGCUGCAACGGCGUGAACCGUGUAAUGCGCGCAACGUGCAUUGCGAGCUCUACAGUGUACACUGCGCUACUAUGCUCCGCGCGCUGCGGUCCACAGCUACAGCAGUAUGGCGACGACCCGGUACGAGGUGGCUUCAGUAAUUCCUAGGCAACCGCUUAGUGAAACAACCGAACUGUUACAGGAGGGGGCGGACAUAAGUCGCGCCUCAAUGAAGCGAACUACUGGGGACAUGCUUUUGCAUUGCACAGAGUUCUGGCAGUAUACACAGUGCGAGAUGAAACGUCAAAGUGGACCGCGAUCGAGAAAUAGCACAUCAGGAGCUGCCACAGGUGAGCCUGGGAUUCCGCUACGUCUUGCACCGCUCUCCUGAGCAGCGCCGGAGCCCACCGCCGCUGCAAGGGAAAGGGGGGCAGGCAAGGAGCGAAGGAGGGAGGGAACGGGGGAGGUCGGCUGGAGGGGAGGAGAAGGGAUACAUACAUGUUUUCCUGCCAAAGCCCGCUUCGCGCAGCCUCUAGAUGACGACAUCAGGUCUGGCAAAUGCGACCUGAGGGCGAACUGCUCCCAAGACGAACGGUGGGUGCCGCUCGUCUGAUGCACACUGCCGCGCAGAUCCUCGACUGAAGGUGAAAUGAAUGCAAAGGGGGAAGGGAGAAAUGCCAGGGCAUGCCCAGGGCAUCCCUCCAGCAGGCUGUGGUGCUGGCUCGCCACCACGUGUCGGCCGGCCGACGCACACUCUUCGAACCUCGCCAUCCAGCCUGCGUCGGGGUGGUCAAAUGCCAGGAUCUCGCCUCCCAGCGUCUGCGAUGUCGCUUCUACGUGACAGAGCGGUGGUCGCAACGUUCUAGCGGAUGGUCUUGGGCUGCAGGCUCACAUGCCGCAUAUAUCGCAGAGCAGCGCCAUCGCCAGCUUCUCCUGCACGCGCUGACCCCAGCGAAACAGGGCUCCAACUUCACCUUCACCAUCUCGGUGGGCAACGCCAGUGCAUGCUGCCGCUGGUCGCCUCUAUCACACGCGCGUGCCCGAACGCUCUAGCCGACUGGUGUCAGGGGACAGCUCUCGGUUUCGCCCAACGCAACGCUCUGAACGACGACACCCCAUGCCGCCGCUCGGCGCCGUGCUCAUACAUGCAGAUCGAGCCACUGUAAGCGAUUGCCUCUGGAUCCAACCGAAUCUUCGAGAACUCGCCAAGCAAUGACAACGCCUGCUGCCACUGUCCACCACUCUCGCACGCGCUGACCCCAGCGCUGUAGCUGACGACGUCGGGUUCCAACGUCACCCUGUGCACCUUGCUGAGCAAUGACAGCGCUCGCUGCCACUGUCCGCCUUUGUCGCACGCGCUGAUCCCAGCACUGCAGCUGAUCAUACUCUGCUCCAAUUUCGCUUCCAGCAUCUCGCUGGUCAACGAAACUGCCCGCUGCCACUGCCCGCAUUUCUCGCACGCGCUGACUCCAGCACUGCAACUGAUGGCAUUCGGCUCCAACUUCUCCUUCCGUAUCCUGCUGAGCAGCGCCAGAGCCUGCUGCCACUGCAUGGCCUUCUCGCAUGCGCUAAUCCCAGCACUGUAGCUGAUGACGUUUGGCUUCAACUUCUCCUUCCGCAUCCCGCUAAGCAGCGCCAACGACAGCUGCCAUUGCUUGCCCUUCUCGCAUGCGCUAAUCCCAGCGUUGUAGCUAACGGCGUUGGGCUCCAACUUCGCCUCCCACAUGUCUCUCAGUAAUGCCAGAGCUCGCUGCCACUGCUUGCCUUUCUCGCACGCGCUGAUCCCCGUGCUGUAACUAUGACGUUGGGCUCCACCUUCGCCUCCCGCAUCUCCCUCAGCAGUGCCAGCGCCCGCUGCCACUGCUGUCCCUUCUCGCACGCGCUGAUCCCGGCGUUGUAGCUGUGGCGUCGAGCUCCAGCUUCACCGCGCGCAUGCCGCCGAGCAGCGCCAGGGCCCACCGCCACUGCCCGCCUCUCUCGCAGGCGCUGAUCCCAGCGUUGUAGCUGACUUGCUGGGCUCCAGCUUCGCCUCCAGAAUCUCGUAGAGCAGCGCAAGAGCCCGCUGCCACUGCUCGCCCUUCGCGCAUGCGCUAACUCCAGCAUUGUAGCUGAUGCUCUGACACUCCACCUUCGCCUGCCACAUCUCUCUGAGCAAUGCCAGAGCCCGCUGCCAUUGCUCGCCUCUCCCGCACGCGCUGACCCCAGCAUUGUAGCUGGUGCUCUGACACUCCAUCCUCGCCUGCCACAUCUCUCUGAGCAAUGCCAGAGCCCGCUGCCACUGCUCGCCUCUCCCGCACGCGCUGACCCCAGCAUUGUAGCUGAAUGCGUUUGGCUCCAACUUCUCCUCCAACAUAUGGUCGAGCAGCGCCAGAGCCCGCUGCCAUUGCUCGCCUUUCUCGCACGCGCUGAUUCCAGCACUGCAGCUAAUGACGUUGGGCUCGAUGCUCAGCUCCCAAAUUUCGCUGAGCAAUGCCAGAGCCCGCUGCCACUGCUCGCCUUUCGCGCAUGCGCUCACUCCAGCGCUGUAGCAGAUGACGUUGGACUCCAGCUUCGCCUUCGACAUGUGGCCGAGCAGCGCCAGAAGCCCGCUGCCAUUGCUCGCCUUUCUCGCACGCGCUCAUCCCGGCGUUGUAGCUUACAAUCACCACAAGCUCCAACUUCGCCUGACGCAUCUCGCUGAGCAGCGCCAGGGCCCGCUGCCACUGCUCGCCUUUCUCGCAAGCGCUCAUCCCAGCACUGUAGCUGAUAACAUCGGGCUCCGACUUCGCCUGCCACAUCUCGCUGAGCAGUGUCAGAGCCCGCUGCCACUGCCCGCCUUUCUCGCACGCGCUGAUCCCAGCGUUGUAGCUGACACGUCGGGCUCCAACUUCGCCUCCCGCAUCUCGCUUAGAAGCGCCAGCGCCCGCUGCCACUGCUUGCCUUUCUCGCAAGCGCUCAUCCCAGCAGUGCAGCUGAUGACUUCGGGUUUCAACAUUCUUCCUGUCAUCUCGCGCAAGAGCGACAGUGCCCUUGGCCACUGCCUCGUCUUCCCGCAGGCGCUGACCAUGGCAGUGUAUUGGCCUCUGCCCAAUUCCACACGCAGCUGAGACACCUCGCGGAUCCACUGCAGCGCCGCGCUCCAUUCCCGCGCCCUCCCACCAUGGCCAUUCGAUUGAAAGCCGCUCCAGGCGAAGAAACACUACACCGGGCUCCUCGCCAGGCGUCCAGGUCAAGAAUAAGGUCUCGGUCCACGCUGGCCUGAGCCAAAA